UUUUAGUCAUUGGAGGGAUUAGGGCAACACGAGAACCCCCGUAUAUAUAUGAUCGCGCUCUGUCCGACCAGUUGGCGCUGGGACUAGGGUUUUUGUGUGCUUAGUUGGCUUGCUUUGCGACUUCAACCUCAGCGAAUUUCCUCUAUUGCGAGCCAUGGCAGAGCAGACCGAGAAGGCAUUUUUGAAGCAGCCCAAGGUAUUCCUGAGCUCGAAGAAAUCAGGGAAAGGAAAGAGGCCUGGAAAGGGAGGCAAUCGGUUCUGGAAGAGCAUUGGACUGGGCUUUAAAACACCCAGAGAGGCAAUUGAAGGGACAUAUAUUGAUAAAAAGUGCCCAUUUACUGGUACUGUUUCUAUCAGAGGCCGCAUACUUGCUGGCACUUGUCACAGUGCAAAGAUGAUGAGGACCAUCAUUGUUAGACGCAAUUACCUUCAUUUUAUUAAAAAAUACCAGAGGUAUGAGAAGCGGCACUCUAAUAUUCCAGCACACAUAUCCCCAUGCUUCCGUGUGAAAGAGGGAGAUCAUGUUAUUAUUGGCCAAUGCAGGCCUUUGUCCAAGACAGUGAGGUUCAAUGUUUUAAAAGUGAUUCCAGCUGGAUCUUCUGGUGGUGGAAAGAAAGCUUUCACAGCCAUGUGAGUUUCCCAGGGCUUAGAGAUGUUGAUUGUUUCUGUGAGGGAAAAUGACUUGAGAUUCGAAUUAGACGGUAGACAGUGUUCUUUCAAUUUUGUACUUGGGUUUUUAAAUCUUUGUAUGACAAUACAAGUUUUCUUGGGAAGUUGGUUCAUAAACUAUGCUGGCAAUGGUUAUUUUAUGCA